CAGACAAACCAGUAUCACCCUCAUACCAGUUUAGUGCUGGCAUUCAGAACGAUCGGUGUGCUGGAAAAGUGUUCUGAUUAACAACUUUCUGUGAUGGUGUAUAAAUCCUAGCCAAUCAGACUCGAAGAAGAGUUUCACCUGUUCUGAUUGACAAAGUUCAAGGAUUAAUUGUGCUUUGUAUUCUGAUUGUAAUUUAAGUUGAAGAUCGGUGCUAGGGUGUUAUGUGGGGUCUGAUUGCCACAUUGAAUAUACCAUCAGAUCUGUGACAGUGUAUAAAAUAAUAAUCACUCAGAAAAUACAAACAACUAUGUACAUUAUCUGAUUAUCUCUCGAAUUCAUGUCAAUUUAUGCAAUAGUAUAAGUUCUGAUUGUCAUUUGAUGUCUGUGUCUUCUGAUUGCUACUCAGAUUGAAGGCAACUAGACGCAUAUACAGGUACAAUGUCGACGAGGAGAUUCCGAACGAACCAACAACUACCUGUGAUAAUGGUGGCAUUAAUUAGCAUGAUAUCGAUAUACUGCGUCUUCUCAAGUUUCACCUCUACUUCCUUCCAGUCAGACACAGCAGAUGACACCAGGCUGAAGGAAAUCAGAAAAUCCCUUCAUGGACGAGUUGUGAGAAAUAAUGAUGAGGUGAAAUUGGAAGGUUUUGGCUGGAUGCUGUGGCGUGAUGAUGACCCGGGGAGUCCUUGUGUCAACCUUAAAACCAGGUUCGGCUGGAAUCUAGUGAGGGUGUGGUUGGUAUCAUUCCCUUCGUCAGGCAACACGUGGACCCGUUACCUGCUGGAGGCGUCGACGGGGAUCUUCACGGGAUCUGUGUUCAAUGACAAGACUCUGUUUAACGCAGGGUUCCUGGGUGAGAAGGAACCUCCUGACAGCGGGAGAACCAUAGUACAGAAGACACAUGGAGGUUCUCUUAGUGGUAACCCGAAGGAAGAUUUACUCGAUAGAUACCUGUUAAUUAACUCCACUUUACCUGCCAUCCUCCUUCUGAGACACCCUGCUAAAUCCUUCAUCUCCUACUGGAAGCUACUAAGGACUCGUAACGCCAAGGAUAAACACACGGGCCAGCUGUCUGAGAAGAUGUUUGAGACUAAUUCUUUCCACAGGUAUGUUGAGCAGGUAACUCGACUCUGGGAACAGCUGGCAGUCGAUACCUUGUUGUGGAGUGUAGGGCCUCUACACGUCGUUCAUUAUGAGGACCUGGUUGCUGAUACCGACCAUCACCUGCGUCAGCUGCUGUACUUCCUCAGAGUACCAAUGGACGAAGAUCGACUAUCCUGCGUUAGAUCACACUUAACGGGGAACUUUAAGCGCGUCGGCAACAAGGAAUUGGAUCCCUUUACUACAAGAGAGAAGAUAAAGAUGACCUUAGCCAUUCAGAGAGUCAAUCGUCUAUUACUUGUCUUAGGUUACCCUGAGUUUCCAUACAUUGAUAACAUUUUCCACAACACGACGCAAUUUAAUGGUGCGCGAUGAAUGGGGCUAAGU